AAACUGUAAGGUGGUAUCGUCAAAGUAAUUUACGUUCGUUUUAGGUCCAAACCACAUAUCUAAUUAAAAUUUGAUCGGUUAAACAGCUGUGACGAUAACGCAGCGCGUACCGAGCGUAGCUACAGUGUAUACUAUAAGACUAUAACAGUACAGUACACUGUACAGCACUCGCCGGCAGUGCACCAGCGGUCUCGGCGCGCGGCGGACGCGAGUGAUGUGAGGAUGACCAAGUACAAGAUGAACAACACCGCGCGCUCCUCGUCCGAGGUGACGCUGACUUCGUUCGUGAGCGCGGACAGCUGGCCGGGCGGCGCGGGGGGCGCGGGGGGGCUCGCCGGCGCCCUGCAGAAGGCCUACGGCUGCGGCCUCAACGAGCUGCGGGGGGACAACCUGGCCGAGUGCCUGUGCGAGCGCUACGGCGGCGGCUGCAAGCUGUGCCCGCGCCCGCCCCCGCCGCACCUGCCCGCCCCCGCCCUCGCGCCGGGGAAGGGCUGCCGCUCCUGCGGCGCCGACUGCGGCCCCGACAGAUCCAUCUACAGCACGACGAACGACCUGUACUCGUCUCACCCCGACAAGGCGGGCGCGUGGCGGCGCGGCGCGGCGCGGCGGCUGCGGUCGUGCUGCUCGCGCAAGACGCUGCUGCGCCGCCUGCCCGUGCUGCAGUGGCUGCCGCAAUACUCCUUCAGGAAGGGCCUGGCGGAUAUUAUCGCAGGCACGACUGUGGGCCUGACGGUGAUCCCGCAGGCGAUCGCGUACGCGGGCGUGGCGGGGCUGCCGCCGCAGUACGGGCUCUACUCGUCGUUCGCGGCGUCGUUCGCGUACGCGGCGCUGGGCUCCGUGCGCGCGUCCGCCGUCGGCCCCACCGCCAUCGCCGCGAUCCUCACGCGCGAGAACCUGCACGGCAUGGGCCCGCCCUUCGCCGUGCUGCUCGCCUUCCUCUCCGGGUGCGUCGAGCUCGCCAUGGGCGUGCUGCAGCUCGGUUUCCUGAUCGACUUCAUCAGCGGGCCGGUGUCGGUGGGGUUCACGUCGGCGGCCGCCAUCAUCAUCGCCACCUCGCAGGUCAAGAACAUCCUCGGCCUCAGCUUCCCCGGCGGCAAGUUCCUCCAGGUGUGGGCGGGGCUGUACGAGCACAUCGGCGAGACUCGGCUUUGGGACGCAGUGCUGGGCGUCUCCUGCAUCGUGCUGCUGCUUCUGCUCAGGAAGGUGAAGGACAUCCGCGUGGGCGGCGCCGAGGGGGCAGAAGGCUCGGCGAGUGGGGAGGGCGGGGAGGGGGGGCGCGGCGCGCUGGCGCAGGCGCUGUGGUUCCUGUCCACGACGCGCAACAUCAUCGUGGUGCUGGCGUGUGCCGCGCUCGCAUACUACUUCGACACCAAGCAGCUGCAGCCCUUCGUGCUGACCGGCGAGGUGAAGCCGGGCCUGCCGCCGCUGUCGCUGCCGCCGUUCUCGGCGACGGUGGGCAACCACACGUACAGCUUCACGGAGAUGGCGUCCACGCUGGGCUCCGCCAUCGUCGUCGUGCCGCUGCUCUCCAUCCUCGAGAACAUCGCGCUCGCCAAGGUCUUCGCGGAGGGCGCGGCGGUGGACGCGACGCAGGAGAUGGUGGCGCUGGGCGUGUGCAACAUCGUGUCCUCGUGCGUGCAGUCCAUGCCGGUGUCGGGCGCGCUGUCCCGCGGCGCCGUCAACCACGCGUCCGGCGUCGCCUCCCCCGCCGGCGGCCUCUACAGCGGCGCGCUCGUGCUGCUCGCGCUCCAGUACUUCACGCCGUACUUCUACUACAUCCCGAAGGCGUCGCUGGCGGCCGUCAUCAUCGCGGCCGUCGUGUUCAUGAUGGAGCUGCACGUCUUCAAGCCCAUCUGGCAGACCAAGAAGGUGGACAUAAUCCCGGGCGUGGUGACGUUUGGCGCGUGCCUGCUGACGCGCCUGGAGCUGGGCAUCGCGCUCGGCAUCGCCGUCAACCUGCUGUUCUUGCUCUACGCCUCCGCCAGACCCUCCGUCAAGGUGACAGCGGCGGUGUCGGGCGGCGGACAGCGGUACUGGCUGGCGAGCGUGGACCGCGCGCUGGCGUUCCCGGCGGCGGAGCGCGUGCGGCGCGCGCUCGCCAAGCCGCCCCCCGACCGCCCCCUCGUCAUCGACGCGCAGCACGUGCAGGCCGCUGACUUCACCGCGGCCGAGGGCAUCAAAGCGCUAAUCGAGGAUUUCCACGCGCGCGGUCAGACGCUGAUCUUCUACAAUGUGAAACCGUCGAUCGCGGGCGUGCUGCGCGCCGUGCGGCCGCGCCAGCUGCUGCUGUGCUCCGGCCCGCACCAGCUCGACCUCAUGCUGCGGGACGCUACGCCCAAGUGUCCAGAGCCGGAUCUGCGCUGACCUGAGGGCUGAGGCUGGACGCGCGCCAUCUGUCGGGGAGCAGUAGGAACUAACAAAUGAAAUGUGAUAUUCGGUUACCAGUUAUUUUAUUGUUACAGAGUUUUUAAAACAUUUUAUGAUCGCGAGUGUGUUGUGUGGUUUUGUAAGAGAAUCAGAUAUAUCAUGUACUAGGUAGGUAGGAUGUAUAAAAUUAUAGUUCAUAAGUAAUAAUACGAUGGUAUGUUGUUGAAUAUAUAAAAUUAUUAUUAAUAAU